CGUCUAUCUAAUGUUUGUAUACAAACGCACAGUAGAUGUAAAGAAAAUCCCGAAGUUUCGAAGUGCUUCUUUUGAAUUGUUUCGUUUACCGGAAAAAGAUGAAUGUAGAUCUUUUAGAAUUUACCAAGCAGACCGAGACGAUAUUGUGCGGCGUGGGGGCACAGAAUUUAGUAAAGGAGUGCAAAAAAAGGAAUAUAUCAACUAACGCGUUGCACAGAUUGACCAAGGAGGAUUUUGUGCAACUUGGUGCGGAUGCAGAUCAAGCAGAAAACAUAGUCAACGCUCUAUGUAUUUCUAAGAAAAAACAAUACAAUGUAAAGCCAAAACCUCAUUAUAGGAUACUUGAUAAAGUAGAGAUACUACAAGUAGGUGAGAAACAGCUCAGUAUAAUCCAAGAUUUUGUGAAGUAUUGCAAAAUGAAGCUGAAAAAAGAAAAAAUCAACUUCUUUGUUGAUGCAGAUAAGGCUUUGAGUGCUUCUCAAAUUCUGUGUAUGUCCGCUGAGGCUACUCUCAAAGAAGUCAGUGAGGCUGAGUUGAAAUUGAAAGAAUUGGAAGCUAUGAUAAUGAUAAUGGACGGCGGAGCGUACGGCGGUGGAAAGGCCGGGGCCCCUUUCGAUCCGAUCGCGUUCGUCCAGCGGCCGCAGGUCAUUCUGAGAGCGUUAUGCCUGGUAAGUCGUCGCAGCCUCCUGAAAGCGGGAUCGUUUCAAGGUCGAUUCAAGAGCGUGAUCGCGACGACGACGCUAUUUGCAAUAAUCGUGUUUGGAUGUAUAAGCAGCAAGGGCUAUCUUGUGAAAGACGAUGGGAAAGAAGUUUGUCUUUACAAUGAGGACAAUAAUGCGUGCAACUAUGGGAUUGGUAUCGGAGUACUGGCGUUUUUGGCCAGUAUCGGAUUCCUCGCGGGUGAAUACCUGUUCGAACAAAUGUCGUCCGUCAAGACUAGGAAACAUUUUGUCCUCAUAGAUUUAGGUUUCUCUGGUUUAUGGUCUUUCCUUUAUUUUGUGGGAUUCUGUUACUUGACAAAUGCAUGGAAUAAUUCUGUAAGACCAAAGGACGGAUAUGGAGUGAAUAAUGUACAAUCGGCUAUUGCAUUCUCGUUCUUUUCCAUCUUUACCUGGGCCGCUUGUGCUUGGUUCGCGUUUCAAAGAUUUAAACAAGGUACUGACGCGGCAUUCGCUCCAAGUUACGAGGCGGAUCCUGUCGGUGGUACAGGAUACACAAGUUAUCCUGACGCCACUGACACUGCUUACCAAGAACCGCCGUUCGGUCAACAACAACAGCGGGGUAUGGGUGACUUUCAAGCCCCAGCUUACUAAAAGUCAUCCAUAGUCGUACCAAAAUGUAUUUCCAUUAAAUGCACAGCGAGCUACUUACGAAAGAAGAUGAUUUAGGAUAAUUUUUCAGAAACAAGAUAUAUUGUUUUCCAUCACCUAUUUUGCUUAAAGACUAAAGAAGAACUUCAUUCGCUGAUAGGUCGCUGGGCAGCGCGUUGGUCAUAGAGUAAGUUUUCAUGGCAAGAUGUAGAAGGAAGUUAUUUGUUAAACUGUGCUUCUUAUUGUUGACCACUUGUAAGUUACACUUAUCCAUACGCCCAAUGUCACAAAAAAAAAUGCGUUAGGUGUGUUUGAAAUUCAUAUAUGCCUGGACAUACGUUACGACGGUGGCUACUGACCAUCUAUGGGAAGUAAAUAUAAUAUCUUAUAAUGAGUAACACUAUAGCUAAACUCCAUAAAUAAGUAAGAAUUAGUACAUGCACAGGCUAUGUAUAUUUUAACGUUGUAACGUGUUCAUGGUAAAUGCGACUUAAAUAUAACAGUAAUAUUAUGCGUUGCAUUAUUAUGCAAUUAGUAUUAAACGAUGUACACGAAGUCUAGGAUUGAAAUGAGUAAGUCUCGAAUAAGUCGACACAUGUUUUAAUAUUAGUGAGACAAUAUCUAAGUUACUUAAGUUACUUGUCGUAUGAGUUGCAAGAUAAUGGGAUAUUUCCUUACAGAAUAGUGCAUUAACAAAUAUAAUUGCACUUAUAAACCGCGAUGAAUAACAAAACCAAAGUUUUUAUUAACAUUAAAAUAUAUAUAUAUACAUUUAUGCAAAUUAUAAUAGGCAUAACUUCACAUAAAUUGUCCGUGAUGUUAACUUACUAGAUUUUUGUAUUUGAGUCUAUAUGUUAACGAUUCAUUAACAUAAAGGGAAAAAACCUAUAAUUGAACACAU